AUGACAGCCGCUGCAGAUGAGAUAGAUGGCACCGCUCAGAUUGGCUUUGACUGUGUGGGAGGGCCCCCCGAUGGCACGGGUGACAUUUUGUUGUAUCUCCCUGACAUCGAUUUCACCGGGACAGUGCCAGCUGUGCAGUUUCCCAGCCUUGUGGAUGAUGGCUUCGAGCUUUGGCGCUGCUUUCUUCCCAAGAGCGAUAGGAAGACCAGCUUCGUCGAGCUUGCUGGCGCAGUGGAAGACUGGUUGCGCAAACAGAUCGCCCAGAAACGGAAAGUGGUUUUGAUCGGCGAUGGCUUUGGUGGCCUGCUAGCUCUGUCCAUGGCCCUGCGGCUAGGCCGCGCGUUGAAGGGGCUUGUGCUUGUGAAUCCCGCUACUGGCCUUGCGCAGAAGCCUUGGCAAAGCCUGGGCCCACUUCCUGUUAGACCAUUGGCGGAGCUUUUGCGGGGAGCCCCGGCAGUUGGAGGGCAAGCGACUUUUAACGAUGGGCUUGGAGAUCUCAUCGUCAAGGCUGCUACAGGUGCCGCAGGUUUCCGGUCAGCUGCGCUUGCAGCUCGCAGUGGGACCUUGGACUUUCGUCUGAAAGCCUGGCUCCGGGAUGGCUGGGAGGCAGUGUCCUGCGAGCUCCGGCGCCCAGCCAACAGAUCUCCAUUCCCAGCGACUCUGCUUGCUGUCUCGAAGGAUGACACGCUCCUGCCCUCUCGAGCUGAAGCACAGAAGCUGAAGCCGAUUCUGGAGGAGCGCUGCCUCACAGGCAGGAUGGAGGUCAAGGAGUUAGAUAGCCGAAGCCAUGAACCCUUGGCCAGCAACCUAGACCUCCUGAAGAUGUUGAAGGAGUCGGCCAUUUUUGCCUACAAGGAUCCGGUUUCAGGCUACGAGUUCCCAAGCCUGGAGCAACUGGAGGAUGGUUCCAAGGACGUGGAGAGAUUAGCGUCUGUUGUCUCACCUGUGUUUUGCAGCUUUGAUGCGGCUUCCUCAUCACAGCGGUCUUUUGGCCUGGGUGGUGUUCCAACGCCAGCAGAGGCCGGAGAGCGACCAGUGCUUCUCGUGGGCAACCACCAGAUAGCCGGACUGGAUCUUGGUCCUUUGGUGCGUGAGUUCCUGGUGACAAGGGGAGUGGUAGCUAGAGGCCUUGCCUAUCCUGGAGCUAUGCGGCGCAUGCGUCAGCAAGGGCCUUCACAAUUCCAAACUUUCGGAGCAGUUUCUGUCUCACCUCGCAACAUCUUCAAGCUGUUGCAGCAAGGGGAGAUGGUGCUUCUGUUUCCAGGUGGUGUGAAAGAGGCCCUGCAUGGCCCGGGAGAGGACUACAAGCUCUUCUGGCCAAGUAAGACGGACUUUGUCCGAGUGGCCGCGCGCUUCAACGCUGUGGUUGUUCCCUUUGCCGGAAUUGGGGCAGAUGACAAUGUUCAGGUGCUGGCUAACUCCAGAGAGCUCCGGAGAAAGGCUGAGGAGCUCCUUCCUUUCAUGGCCCGUAGCCAGCCGAAAUCCGGUGGUCUCAUGCCGGUAUCGGAAGCUCUGGAGUCGGGCAUGAGUGUGCCAUUCAUGGCUCCACCACUAUCGCUGGCCACGCAAUCCAGCCCGGGCAUUGGGGACCGCUUCUACUACAGCUUUGGCGAGCCCGUCGACCUGAAAGACGUUGACCCCAAGGACCGAAGUGCGUGCGACAAGGCUUAUGCCGACAUUCGGAAAGCCGUGGAGCAGGAGAUCGAGUGGUUGCAGCAGGCACGCCUUGAGGAUCCUUUCCGAGAUCUCCUCCGGCGUCAGCUCUAUGAGCGCGUGGCAGCCAUCGAGCCUGCAGCACGACGCAUCCCGCAGGGCCCCUUGGAAGGCAAAGUGGUGAGGACCUAUGCCAACCGGGCGCCAUCCUUUCCAAUGGAGAAGCUGCUUCCUCCACAAGCAGCCGAUGCUGGACACGCAGAUGGAGAUGCAACUGAGCAGUCCAAGAAGUGA